AUGAGUUACCUGCUAGUGAUAGUGCUCAGUGUGUUGCAGUCGGUGGACCUUACGGGAGCUGUGGUCUGCAACCGAACGGAAUGUGACUGCAAGGGACUGAAGGGAGCCCCCGGACAGAUUGGACCACAUGGCGUGCCGGGAGCGGCCGGUCUUCCCGGUGACAUUGGCUUUGACGGACCUCCGGGUUAUUCCGGAGAGCGAGGUGUCCGCGGUGAAUUUGGUUCCACGGGCGACAAGGGUUACCGGGGUGACACCGGACCUCGUGGACCGGUUGGAUAUCCGGGAAUUCCGGGUCUGCCGGGUGAUGAUGGACCGAGGGGCCCUCGAGGAAUUGACGGGUGCAACGGAACCGACGGUGCAAUGGGAAUUCCGGGUAUGCCUGGCUGGCCAGGAGACCGUGGUCAACCAGGUUUGCAGGGACCUAUCGGUUUUCGCGGAGACUCAGGCGAGGGAGGUAUCAACUCCAAGGGAACGAAGGGUUCGAUCGGCGAAUCAGGAAGACCCGGAAUAACAGGUGCCGACGGAUUCAAGGGUAACCGUGGAUUGCCCGGAAUCGAUGGCAUCAACGGUAUAGAUGGCGCAGUAGGCCCGAAAGGAGAACUAGGUGACGAGGGGGAACCAUCCAUUCCGUUCUGUCCUGGAGAGCCCGGAGAACCUGGUGAACCGCUGUACUACUUUUCGAGCAAGAACUCAACUGUCAACAAGGGUAUCAGUGGUCCGAAGGGUGAUAACGGAGCUGACGGUCUACCGGGUAUACCAGGCCGAAAAGGAGAUACCGGUGGUUACGGUGAGCGUGGCCUCAAAGGCUUCAAGGGCGAAGAAGGUAACGUUGGAGACCGUGGAAAGCAAGGAAAGGAUGGUCCACCUGGACCGUCCGGAGAAAAGGGUGAAAAAGGUGCUCCAGGAUUCGCUGGUAGAGACGGAGAACUUGGAGAUAAGGGUGAACCCGGUGACGAUGGUCGUUCUGGAUUGCCCGGAACGCAAGGUGUCCGAGGACCGCCCGGAUUAUACGAUCCAAAUCUGGCACCAAUUGUUAUCGGCCCAGUAGGACCACAAGGAGACGUAGGCGCUGCCGGCAACCAAGGCUUGGGAGGAAUCCCUGGUAAUCCAGGCAGACGUGGUCUCAUGGGUUUGCAGGGUCCUCCUGGUGAUCCAGGUAUUGAUGGACCACGUGGUAAGAAAGGCACAACGAUUGCUGGACAGCGUGGCGACGACGGUGAAAGUGGACCUCGUGGUCAAGUGGGCCCUCGUGGAGUUUCUGGUCCAGCGGGUACUAAAGGUCCCAAGGGAUAUCCCGGCAGAAGCAUUCUUGGCGAAAAGGGAGAAUCUGGAUUGCCAGGACUUAACGGAGAAUACGGCGACAAGGGUGACCAAGGUGAAAUCGGCAUAACGGGCGAUAAGGGUCUACCAGGAAUUGGAUACAACAUUACCGGUCCACCCGGACCAGACGGAAUUCCUGGCAUGCAGGGUCCUCCGGGAGAAGCGGGCUGGAAUGGGUACGAUGGCUCAAAAGGAGAUAGAGGUUUCCGUGGUGAAGACUGUGGAAUAUGUCCUCCUGGACCCAGGGGCAUCAAGGGUGAGGGAGGUGACAUUGGUAGGCCCGGAUGGGAAGGAUUCGAUGGCAAUCGAGGCUUGCCAGGACCACGAGGCUUGAAGGGCGGACCUGGUAAACCUGGACCACAGGGAAUUCCAGGACUUCAAGGAAAUCCUGGAGAAAACGGCGAACCAGGUCGGCCAGGUAUGAAGGGAGCGAAAGGAGAGGUCAUCCGCGUGGGCAACAUGGUGGACUUCCCGGGAGAUAAGGGUGAGAUGGGCAUGUUCGGUCUGCAAGGUCAGCAAGGAGACGUGGGAUUGGCUGGAGAACCGGGCGAACGCGGCUUCCCUGGCGAGCAAGGUCUCUUCGGAGACGAUGGCAGUCCCGGUUUGCGAGGUCGUGAUGGUGAUCCUGGUCUACCUGGUCGGGACGGAGUUCAUGGCAGAAAUGCAGUGUACAACGCCUACAACAUGUGGGGGCUGAAGGGAUCGCAAGGUCCUCCGGGAGAUGACGGUACUCCAGGCGAGCGAGGAGAUCAGGGAGAUCGCGGUGAGCGAGGUGCCACAGCUGAGUUUGACUACCUCAUAACGGGCGAUAAGGGCGUACGAGGAGACUUCGGCGACGAAGGACCUUUUGGUGAGCCCGGCUAUCGUGGAGAAAUUGGAGAUGAAGGUUUCAGAGGCGCCCCAGGUGUCCAGGGAUCGGUCGGUGACAGCAUUCAGGGUCCGAUUGGAUACAAGGGAUACUUUGGCAUUAUCGGUGAUCAUGGUCUGCAAGGUGAAGAUGGUUUUCCCGGUAUGCCCGGCGUCGACGGCCCUCCCGGAUUGCCCGGUUUGAAGGGCCAAAGAGGUGACCCCGGACGGGCCGUGUUGUUCGGCGAAAAGGGAGAAGAGGGUGAAGCGGGUUAUUUCGGAGAGUUCGGAGACAAAGGAUUCAAAGGAAUGGAAGGUUAUCGCGGUGCUCCUGGUAUUACCGGUCCAAAAGGUGAAAAGGGCGACGAUGGCGUGAUGGGGAGAAUUGGAUUACCUGGAAACAAGGGUAUGGUCGGAGAUUUUAUUUAUGGUGACAGGGGUGCACCUGGUGCUGAUGGAACCCCUGGAAGAACUGCGCCCUAUGGUGACAAAGGAGAACGGGGUGAACCAGGAAUAGAAGGACCUUCUGGACCCAAGGGAGAGAUUGGCGACACUGGUAGAGACGGGCUUCCUGGAUUUGCAGGAGAUGAUGGAGAACCUGGUGAGCCAGGUUUACGAGGCAUCCACGGAUAUAUGGGCGGAGAAGGCGACCAAGGUGAACGGGGUGAAGUAGGAGAUCAAGGAAAUAUCGGUUUGACCGGUCGACGUGGCUUGGUUGGCCUGCGGGGUGAAAAGGGCGAAAUUGGCGACCUUGGUGAUAUUGGUUUCCCUGGAAGAUUUGGUCGUAACGGAACCAAGGGAGAACGUGGUGACGAAGGUUUCGCUGGCGUGAGAGGUCCCAAGGGAUCUGGUUCGUUCAGCGGCCAUAAAGGAGAACCGGGAAUUUUUGGACUUCGCGGACCACCAGGAUUGGACGGUAUGCCUGGUCUGUUUGGCAUGAAGGGCGAAGAAGGUGAAGCUGGAAAUGUGAUCGACGGCACCCCUGGACUCAAAGGUCCUAAGGGAGCACCAGGAUUCAACGGCCGUUCUGGGCUUCCGGGAUUAAAGGGCGAACGCGGUGACGAAGGAAGGUUCGGUUCGAAGGGCAUUCAAGGUGAUAAGGGACGCGAUGGAUAUCCAGGUAUUCCAGGACGACGUGGAAAGGAUGGUCUCCGUGGAUUACCGGGAUUGCGAGGACUCUCCGGAAGCAGAGGAGAACAAGGCGAAGAGGGAGACUUUGGAUAUGUUGGAUUCGUUGGAGACAAGGGUGAACGCGGAGACAUCGGCCGUAUCGGUCUACCAGGAAUUGAAGGCAUGUUGGGUGAUCCAGGCUUCAAAGGUUUACCAGGAGAGCUUAUCUUCAGAUCACCAGCGAAGGGAGAUCGUGGCGAUUCAGGAUUCCCUGGCCCGGAAGGAAUGCCUGGCAUACAAGGAGUCAAGGGACGAAUUGGAUAUCCCGGCACGAAAGGAGAGCCUGGUCUUCGAGGAGAACCCGGUUUUGCAGGAAGGAAUGGUUUGGAUGGACUGAAGGGACAACAAGGAGACCGUGGCUACAAAGGUCCACGUGGUACACUGGACAUUCGACCAGAACAGGGAGAUCAAGGAGAAUCCGGCUAUGAUGGCUUCCCGGGACGUCUUGGCCUACGCGGCAGUAAGGGAGCUCCCGGAGAUUACGGAGAUGAUGGUCCGCCAGGUCCACGGGGAGAAGUUGGAAUGGUCAGCGGAGCCUUCAAGGGCAUUAAGGGUGAAGUUGGAUUCGAAGGCGCUCCUGGCUUGGAAGGAUUGCCUGGACUCCCCGGUCCUCAAGGAAUGUCUGGAGCUCCUGGUGAAAAGGGUCUCUCGGGAAGCAUUGGAAUCUCGUUGCGUGGUCUAAAGGGCGUAGCCGGAGAUGAUGGUUUGAUCGGCCUCGACGGAAUGCCCGGCCCACUAGGAUUCGUCGGUGAAGUUGGUCUUCCAGGACGACCUGGCAUGCGAGGAUUCCCAGGUAUCAAGGGCGAAUUCGGAGAUGUUGGAGAAGAUGGAUACUAUGGCAGACUGGGACUUAAAGGAGUCAAAGGUGAACGAGGAGAUCCGAUUCCUUUGGAUGACUGGCGACCAAAUCAGCCUGGUGAACGCGGAGUUCCCGGAAAUAAGGGAGCACCAGGAGAUGAAGGAGAUAUGGGACUUCCAGGCUACCCUGGACUCAUUGGAUUGAAGGGCGAGCGAGGAUUACAAGGACUUGAUGGUGAAGAAGGUCAGAUGGGUUUCAAGGGAGAGAGAGGUUUCCAAGGAGCUCCAGGACGCGAUGGUUUGGACGGAUAUCCCGGAAUUAGAGGAGAGAUUGGUGAUCCAGCUCCUCCUCCACCACCGCCAAAGAGCCGUGGAUACAUUUUCACCAAACACUCACAGACCGUCCACAUUCCGGACUGCCCGUUGAAUACCAUCAAACUGUGGGAUGGUUAUUCACUGGUGAGCGUUAUUGGAAGUAGCCGUUCUGUGGGACAAGAUCUAGGCUCUGCCGGGUCAUGCAUGCGCAAGUUCAGCACCAUGCCGUACCUGUUCUGUGACAUCAACAACGUCUGUAAUUAUGCCACGAAUAACGACGACAGCAUUUGGCUGGCCUCUCCAGAACCCAUGCCGAUGUCUAUGGCACCGAUGAAGUCCCGCGAGGUCGCCCAGUACAUUUCGAGAUGUUCCGUGUGCGAAACCACCACACGAGUCAUCGCUGUCCAUAGCCAAACCAUGGCGAUUCCUGACUGUCCCGGAGGCUGGGAAGAAUUGUGGAUCGGAUACAGUUACGUAAUGCACACCACCGACAACAGCGGAGGCUUCGGUAUGGACCUGACGUCACCUGGUUCCUGCUUGGAAGAGUUCCGCGCCCAACCGGUGAUCGAGUGUCACGGCCAUGGGACGUGUAACUUCUACGACGGUAUCACCUCGUUCUGGCUGACGAUCAUCGAGGAUGGCGAAGAGUUCAACCAGCCGAAGCAGCAAACGCUCAAGGCCGAUCAAACCAGCAAGAUUAGCAGGUGCAUAGUUUGCCGCCGCAAGGCCGGAUUCCUGCGGGUUCUCUCGGAUGGUGGCAUCAGCGCGUCGGCGCUUCGUCGUCCGGACAUUGCGACCGUCCAGAAGCCGUACUACCCGCCACCACCGCCGCAGCCUCCGAGACGGCGAAUUAGGCCGGGAAGCCGACAGCGAAACCGUAACAGUGGUUAAGUGAUGUAUGCGCCUAGUUUUUUUUAGAAUUGUAAGGUUCCAAAUCCCUGUUGUCAGCGAUGAAUGCUGUGUACUGCUAAGUGUGCCAUUUUGCGACAAAUCGACAUUCUUCCGAGUAUAAACUGCCACCAUUUUCUUUUAAAUUCGAAAGCAUGUUUUUCCUAUAAGCUAUAAUAAAAUUCCAGUGUCUGAACAACGAAUGCUGUACAGAAUAGAAAUCGAAUUUAGUUAUUUUCGAACACAGGUUAAAAUUAUGAUAACUAACGUAUGAACUUAAAUUAUGUGCGUGCUAAACCUAAUACAGACAAUAAUACCAAAAAAGGGAAAACAGUACGUUUGCAGGUUAAGAUGUAUGUAGGAAAUCAGAAGAAUACUUCCCUAGGGACUACAGUUGGUCAUGGAACUGCCAAAACUAUUUAACUUUCCGUGAAUAUAUUUCCCUGGUUUCUUGAAUCCUUGCUCCAGCCGAGCCGCUUCCGUAACUGCGAAACUGUAGUAAUAAUAUGCAAAUUGAUACUGUAAAGAAGCGACAGAUUAUGUGUUAAACAUGAGAGAAAUCAAUAAAAUAAAAUAAAAAAUAAUUUAGUUUUCAUUUAC